CUGCAGCUCGCCAAAGCAGGGAGCCACGCCUUUACGGAGAAGAGCUUCAAGAGGAAACGGGUGUGUGAUGUGUGCAAGCAGAACAUCGACAACCCUGGGGCUUUCUGCAAGGAGUGCAAGGUUGCAGUUCACAAGACAUGUGAAGCCAAGGUGACUCCCACCUGUACCUCAACAUCAGACCUGCACGGCUCCACAAAAUCUACACCACAGAAGAAGAGAGGCUCUAUACUGAGGAGUAAAAGUGUGGAACAAGUGAUGGAGCAUGUGAUGGAGCGUCACUAUGACUUUGACCUCACCUACAUCACGGAGAGGAUCAUCUCUGUCUUCUUCCCGCUGGACCUGGAGGAGCAGCGGUACCGCAGAAACCUACAGGAAGUGGCCUCCAUGCUGAAAUCCAAACACCAAGACAAGUUCUUGUUACUGAAUUUAUCAGAGAAGAGACAUGACAUCACCAGACUUAACCCAAAGGUGCAGGACUACGGCUGGCCUGAUGUUCACGCCCCCCCUUUGGACAGGAUUUGUGCUGUUUGUAAAGCCAUGGAGACCUGGCUGACCUCUGACCCCCACAAUGUGGUGGUCCUCCACUGCAAGGGACACAAAGGGAAGACGGGGGUCAUUGUGGCAGCCUACAUGCACUACAGCAAGAUAUCAGCUGGAGCGGACCAGGCUCUCACCACUCUAGCUAUGAGAAAGUUCUGUGAAGACAAAGUCUCCUCUUCCCUACAGCCCUCUCAGAACAGGUACAUUUACUACUUUGGUGGGUUGCUGUCAGGUACCAUCAAAAUGAACAGCAGUCCUCUGUUCCUCCACCAGAUCCUCAUUCCAUCACUACCAAACUUCCAGGCGGGAGGAGGUUUCUAUCCAUUCCUAAAAAUCUACCAAUCUCUACAGCUUGUGUACACUUCAGGCCUCUAUGAUCCCCAGAGCUCAAGGGCAAGGAAGCUGUGUGUGACUAUGGAGCCAGCGCUAUUAUUAAAGGGGGAUAUUAUGGUGAAGUGCUACCACCGGCGGUGUCGAGCAGCAGAGAGGGAGGUGGUGUUCAGAGUCCAGUUCCACACCUGCACUGUCCACGGAGCCCAGCUAUGGUUUGGCAAGACUGAACUGGACUUGGCCUGCACGGAUGACAGGUUCCCUCCAGAUGCUACAGUCGAGUUUAUCUUCUCCAAUGGGCCAGAAAAAAUGAAAGGUCGUGAAUACCGCAAGAAUGAUGCCUCCAUCAAAGUGGACUACAACACCUCAGACCCUGUGGUCAGAUGGGAUUCUUAUGAGAACUUUAACCUGCACCACCAAGACAGCAUUGAAAAUAUCUGUCAUACGAGGGGCCCUCUGGACGGCAGCCUCUACGCCCAGGUGAGGAAGCGCCGUGGGCCGGGCUCGACUGCCUCAGCAGCGUCGCCCAACGGAUGCCUCACUAGCAGCCCAACAGUCAAGCCUCAAACUCCCAGCCAGCCCCAGUCUCUCACCUACACAUCUGACUCUAGCCGCUCCUCAGUCCCGUCCGAUCACCUGGAAGACGCCUCUCCGUCCAUAAACCGCCCAGAAAAAGAAAACACUGACUGUCCAGUGAUGCGAGGAGACGGGGAAGAUGGAGCAAAGGAGAAAAGAAGAGGGAAAGAGAAGGAUAGAGAGACAGCGAUUUUGGAUGACGGAGAUACGCAAAGUCCUGGGGGUUUGAGGCAAGAGCACUCGUGUUGCGGUCGAGCAGGCGCAAAGUGUGGCGAUGGCGGAUGGGAGAGGGAACGAGAGCCCUGCAUCUCUGACGGCCAUUGUCUUGGCCGUUGCAACAGCAUUAAAAAGAAUCCAAAAAGCCAAACUCUGCCGGCCUUACCAUGCAAAUCCGUGUCCCCGCCUCCUCAUUCAACUCAUAUGGAACUCUGCCAUCGACAUAGCGCCCAUCCUUUACCUGAGUUACCAUGGGAACGUCCAGCCCCGCCCCUACCCUGUCUCCUCAGGCCUUGCUACCCUUAUUCCACCGCUGAACACAACCACCCACACAGCCACACCCUCCCAGCCUUAAACAGACUCUGCACUGGGGAAGAGUGUCACCUCCUCCAUUAUUCCAGCCACAAUCCAGCCUCUCAUCUCUCCCAUCAAUCACUGCCCUCGAGCCCUUACAGGGAAAUGUUCUUCAGCUCUCCAACACCGUCCUCUGGUUGCCACUGUCGGGACUGCUCCAGCAGGCGAGAGCACCAAUCAGCCUCAGUUAGAGCAUUCCACCCAUUGCACCCCGACCAAUCAGAAAAUCCACACUGGUCCCAAAGAGCAGGGGUACAACGAACAAGAGAGGCGCCUCCACUAUGGGAAAGUGAAAAUCCAUGGGAGGUGGCGAGAGAGGCAGAGUUCUGGCAGUGCAAAUCCGCCAUGCCGGCAUUUCGUGUUGUCCACCCUUUGGAUCAGAGUCCAAACUUGGAGCCUAGAUAUGCUAUUGGACCUCAUCAGGGCUACCCCAGCCCCCAGUCUCUAAUGGAUGUGCGGGAUGGAGCCAGCAGUGGUUACCACACCCCUCCACAGCCCCGUCACUCCUGUCCCUGCUCUCCUUAUCAAUCGUCCCCAGCCGAGAGCCAUGAGAGCCGGGGUUACGCCUCAGGGUACCACUCUGGAUCAGCCUCGCCUCUGCCUGCUAGUAGCCCCUCUCCUGGGAGAGGCAGGCUGCCCGAGACUCCCUCUGGAUCUCGAGACCAGCAGCACGCUCAGCAUCACAAAGAAGAGGCCAAGGCUGAUUUGGAGGAUGACAAAUCCCAGGGUUCAGAGGGUAAAUCAGACUCUAAUGGACAGUCAAGUACCCCUGGGCUGGACUCUGAUCCUGACUACACAAUCAUUGGAAGCAGCAGCCCCACACACACAGAAGACAGUCUAACUGCUGAUAGUCCUUCUCAAAGCCAAGAAACCUCUACACAUCUGGAGUCCAGCUCAAAUAGCAGCAAAGCCAUCACACCAGUACCAAGAGAAGCACAAACCCAAAGUUCCAACAUAUCCAUAAACUCCACACAACCAUCAAGCGAGCAGAGUUCGAGCUCCGAUGGUACGCUCGGAGCAGCCAAGAUCACAGGAAGUGCAGAGGGAUCUAACCAAUUACAGACUUCAAGCUAUGCCACUGUCAUCAUCACUCCAGUCCAAGUGCAACUGAAUGGCUCUGCCCUUCCUAGUGAUACCACAUCUGACAGCAGCAGAGGUGUAUCCAUGAACCCUUCUGUCAGUCUUAGUUCUAGCCCUUCCACCACUUCCCCAAAUUCUCCUAUUGGCUCCCCAGACCUUCAGUCUUCUCCUCAGCGCUCUACAUCAGCUACAGACAUAGCGGGACAAAGACUGAGUCCGGAAAGAGACAGCUCAGCCGACACCAAACCGCCAUCACCUGUGCCCGAAGGAUAUCAUACACCAACCUUCCCCUUAGCGUCUUAUUACUACCCAUUACUAAACGUCCCUCACAUACCGUACACUGGGUACACUGCAGUCACCAUCCCCGCCAUCCAGCCACCGCUUCCCGAGAAGAAACGGCUUUCGUCCACACCAGGAUCCUUAAACGGACACAACUCUCUACUCAGGGCCUCCUCAGCUCCUUCCCCUAUGCACCACGUUACCUUCUCCACUUCUGUGGGAGAACAGAGAUGGGGAUCUUCACAACACAGCUGUAGGGAGGAGGCAGACAUCAGGGUCAAUGCUAAGUUUGUCCAGGACAGCUCCAAGUUCUGGUACAAGCCAGGCAUCUCCAGAGACCAAGCCAUAGCUGUUUUGAAGGACAAGCAACCAGGAACUUUCCUCAUCAGAGACAGUAACUCAUUCCAGGGGGCCUACGGCCUGGCCCUCAAGGUGGCCACUCCUCCUGCUAAUGCCAACGUCACUGGCAGUAAAGGGGACCCUCUGGAACAGCUGGUUAGACACUUCCUCGUCGAGACAGGGCCACGGGGAGUGAAGAUCAAGGGCUGUCAGAACGAGUCCUACUUCGGAAGUUUAUCUGCCCUGGUGUACCAGCAUUCAAUCACUCCCAUCUCUCUGCCAUGUGCCCUUCGCAUCCCAGAAAAAGAUCUGGUUGGGGAGCUUCAGGAGAUGCAGAGUGCAACAAACACCAGCACAGCAGCUAACCUCCUCAAACAAGGAGCAGCUUGCAACGUGCUGUACCUGAACUCUGUGGAAACCGAGUCGUUGACGGGCCCUGAGGCAAUCUCAAAGGCAACCAAGUGUACUUUGGCCCUGAGUCCACGUCCAGUGGCAACAGUGGUCCACUUCAAAGUGUCUGCUCAGGGCAUCACUCUAACCGACAGCAAAAGAAGGUUAUUUUUCAGGAGACACUACCCAAUCAACAGUGUGACUUUCAGCAGUCUCAACCCCCAAGACCAGAGGUGGACUAAUUCUGAUAGCACGUCAAGCAAGAUGUUUGGCUUUGUUGCGAGGAGGACAGGCAGCGCUACAGAGAACGUGUGUCACCUGUUUGCAGAGAUGGACCCCGAGCAGCCAGCUGUGGCCAUUGUCAACUUUAUCAACAAAGUCAUGCUGGGACCACAACUACGCAGAUGAGAGAGGGGAUCUGGGGGAGAUGUUAAUAUGAAUUUUAAUGAAGUGUGUGUGUGACUACAUUUGUACUUGCAUUUGUACAGGUGGCAUGACUGUGCUCGACUGUGGCUGUUUUUAUAACAUAAUCCAGUUCUGACAGAUCACUGCUCUGUAGGGCAAAGUAUUUUUUACAUGUCAGUUUACAAAGCACACCGUGCAUAACCUUGAGAGGAAAAGUUUGAUAAGCCAAAGACUGACCUAACUUUGGUAACCUUUGCCAAAUGAGAUUGAAAUGAGAGUUUUGGUCUUUUUUUUUGUUUUUGUUUUUUGCUGUUGAUAAAGUUAUUUAAUUUGUAAUCCUGUUUCAAACAGUUCAAAUGUUGUAUAACAAAGUACCACAUUGCUAUUUGUAUUAAAGUUAGAGCUAAAGGAAAUAUAGCUAAGAAGUCUUUAACAAGUAGUAAAAUGUAAGAGUCAUCUUUAAUGUGUAACGUGACCAGAUGAAAUUGUGGUCAUUAGAAAUGUUAGAAAGAGUAAAUGAAGUAAUUCAAUAUGGAAGAGAUCAUGUAUUUGGAUUAUCGGGAAGAAAUCGUCUUUGGCUACAUUUUAACUACUACAUACAUUUGUAACAAUCAACUUUGUUCUUGAUGCAACUAUAGUGUAUUUUUGUUGAAGUGAUAACAACAGAUGUAGUAGUGUAUUAUGCUAAACCUGCCUCCAAAUUAAAACACAGACAGAUAGAUGAUUUAACAAAAUGUUAUGUGGAUACUAACUACAUAAGCAAGUAAAAGGGGGGUCAGCCUUAAAACAGAGUUAACAAAUGUAAUUUAAAAGAUUGUGGACAGGACCUAAAUAUUUUCAACAUUUCUACAGCUAAAUAAGAAAAAGCCUUACUUUGUUAAGUUAAAAAUGUGAUGGAACCAAAGGACAUUCUCAUAUGACAAUCUCUGCAAUUUUAGUGAUGACAUUAUAAAAAGAGCCAGUAGGCCCUAUAGAAAAGUCUCUCCAUAUCACAGAUUAGUCUUGGCCUGUCUAUGUCCUUAUUUAAGUAACCAAUAUUCAUGGCAACAGAUACUCCAAAGACUUCAUUAUUGUGUAAAGAUAUUUUGAAUGUUUGAUUUUUUUAUCUAUACGCUUUUGUUUUUUGUGUGUUUUCUAUAAAUUGAUACCGUUUUUAGAUGACUUCAGCACAAUUAUUAUUUUUCAUAAUGGAUUUUUAUGUAAAAGAAGUAAUAUAUUUUAGGCCCAUAUGAAGAAUGGUAUAUCUGUCAUAUUUGACAGGACAUUUAAGUAAUAAAAUUGAAUAAAAUG